AUGAAAGUCGCCCAGCCUGUCGGCGCUGCCUCUCGACUAGACGUGUUUGCGAUGGCUACGGCAUAUGGGGAGGAGGCGGCACGCCAUAUGGCCAACCACAGACAAGUUUCGUUUGACUGGUUCAUGGAAAUGACCACCAAGAAGUUUGCAGGGCUCUUUCCGUCUGACUUCUGGGAGAAAUUGAUCUUCCAAGCCAGCGCGCAGGAGCCUGCCGUACGGCACGCUGUUGUGGCCUUAUCGGCGGCACACCGGUUUGACCACUAUUAUGAGCCGUGGAAGAUCCCGGCAACUUACGGAUUUGACGCAGAACGCUUCACAUUGCAGCAAUAUAAUAAGGCUAUUCAGCAUUUGAGUGUGAGGAAGGGACAAAACGAAAAAAAAUGA